UUCUCAGAGCUGGAGAACAUGCUUCGUGACCGCCUCGUCGGUGGCCUGAAGGAUGAGAAGCUGCAACGACGCCUCUACGCUAAGAAGGACCUAACGUUCCAGGUCGCUCUGGAGGAGGCCCUGGCAACGGAAGCUGCCGAGAGGUCGACACAAGAGGCACGGCCGAGCCAGCUGUCCCAACCGAGGGUCCACCACGAAGACCUCACCGACGACUCAGGAUCCGACAGGGAGGAGGUGCACCGAGUACAGCAGCGCACUCAAGCAGCCCACAUACCACAGCUGCCUCGACGAGAAGGAGGGAACUGCGCAAGCUGUGGAGAAAGUCACGAGAGGAGGACCUGCCGUUUCCGCAACGCAGAGUGCAGGCAGUGCAGAAAAUUGGGACACAUCGUCCGGGUGUGUCGGGCUCGGCCCACCCGACGCCAGGCACCAGAUGACCAAUCCAAGAGCCCCAGGUCCCGGGGCCCAACGCACCAAGGCAACUCGACAGAGCUCACGGACUUCAAGGUAUACCAGUUGCCCCACCCCAACGUAGAGAAAAUUUAUGUUGACGUACAGAUAGAGGGGGCCCCAUGCCGCAUGGAGCUUGACACGGGUUCAACUCUAUCCAUAAUCUCGGCAAGGACCUUAAGGAAACUGUGUCCUACUGGGGGUCCCAAACUCAGGCCGGCCCCAUUCACCCUCCGGGACUUCCAAAAACGUAAGGUCCCCACAAUGGGGGUGGGGACCUUCAGGGUGCAAUACCGAGGGCGGACGCAGCAACUGGACUUGCUUGUGGUCAAGGGCCCCUACAUUAGCUUACUGGGAUUGGCAUGGUUUGGACCACUGGGGCUAGCCGUCACCGGGGUGAACCACACUAGCUUACAAGUGGACGUGGACGCCAUAUGCAAGGAAUUUCCGGGGGUUUUCGAUGGGAAAUUGGGACAGUAUACGGGCCCCCCCAUUGCUCUACAGCUUGACCCCGCAGUACGACCGGUCAGGCUCAAGGCCCGCCGGGUCCCGUUCGCCCUGAAACCCCGUAUAGACGAGGAAUUGGACCGGCUCGUGGAGCAAGGAGUGCUGGAGCCGGUGCCUAAUGCCCCCUGGGAAACCCCAAUCGUCACGCCCGUCAAGCCUAAUGGUUCAGUCCGCAUCUGCGCAGACUACAAAUGUACCAUAAACAAGGCCCUCACGGCCCAUGCAUACCCAGUGCCAGUGGUCAGCCAUGUUCUUGCCACCCUGGCUGGGUCGAAAAUUUUUGGCAAGCUGGACUUGGCCCAAGCAUAUCAACAGCUGCCAGUAGAUGAGGCCACAGCAGAGGCACAGACGAUUGUGACGCACAGAGGAGCAUUCAGGGUAAAGCGGCUGCAAUUCGGUGUCAGCGUGGCACCAGGCAUAUUCCAGAAUCUAAUGGACUCUCUACUUAAAGGGAUUCCUGGCGUCACCCCCUUCUUCGAUGAUGUGUUGAUUGCCGGGCCCACACCAGAGGAGUUUGAGGACCGCCUCCGCACCGUUCUGCACCGUUUCCAGACGGCGGGUCUCAAGGUGAAGCGGGAAAAAUGUCUACUAGGAGUGCCUCAGGUGGACUUUCUGGGAUUUAUGGUGGACGCAGAAGGAGUCCACCCAACUGGGGACAAGGUACGGGCCAUUUGUGAUGCCCCAGCGCCCAAGAACAAGACUGAACUUCAGGCCUUCUUGGGACUAUUGAACUUUUACCAUUCCUUCCUUCCCCACAAGGCAGCGGUAGCAGAGCCCCUACACAGACUCCUGGACAAGCGGGCCCCUUGGGUGUGGGGCCAGCGCCAGGAGGCCGCAUUCCAGGCAGUCAAGGACUUGCUUGUCUCAAACUCGGUCUUGGCACACUUCGACGAGAGGCUGCCGGUGGUGCUAGCAUGCGAUGCCUCGCCCUAUGGAAUUGGCGCUGUCCUGGGACACCAACUCCCGGAUGGAAGAGAGGUACCGGUGGCAUACUUUUCCCAGACACUCAACGCAACCGAGCGGAACUACUCGCAAAUCGACAAGGAGGGUCUGGCAAUCGUGAAGGGAGUAAAAAAAUUCCAUGAUUUCUUGUACGGGCGGCCCUUCACCGUGGUGACUGACCACAAGCCGUUGCUUGGCUUAUUUGCCCCUGAAAAGCAGACCCCCCAAGUGCUGUCUCCUCGCGUCCUCAGGUGGUCAAUUUUCCUUGCCAGCUACCAGUAUGCACUGAUUCACCGUCCGGGGAAGGCGAUGGGCCAUGCGGAUGCCCUCAGCAGGCUACCACUACCGGAAACAGGCCCCGACCCAGCACCUGCACAAGAGGUUAUGAGCCUGGAGCUGCUUCCCGACCGCCCCAUUCAGGCACAAGAAGUUGCACACCAUUCCAAGAAAGAUAGGGUCAUCUCCCGGGUCCUGGACUGGGUGUGGAGGGGAUGGCCCAGCAGCAGCCCCGGGCCAGAAUUCGCCGGCUACACAACCCGCAAACAUGAACUGUCGGCCCACAAGGGGUGCCUGUUAUGGGGAAGCAGGGUCGUUGUUCCCCAGCCCCUCCGCAAAAGGGUCCUCACAGCCCUACACGAGACACACCCAGGGGUAGUAAGAAUGAAGGCCCUUGCCAGGAGUUAUGUGUGGUGGCCGGGGAUCGACGGAGAGAUAGAGGACCCAGUGUACGCAAAGAAUUUUGGGGCAGGCCCAGCAUGGGUACCCGCCACAGUCACCAGGGUCACUGGCCCCGUGUCGUACGAGGUGCUAACAGAUGGGGGGCAAUGCUGGCGCCGCCACUGCGACCAGAUACGGCGACGAUUCCCGGGAGAAAACCAGGAGGAGGAAAGGUCAGAGGAGUCCCAAGGGAACAGAGGGGCAGUGAGGCCCAUAGAGCAGGAGGGGCCAGCAGGAGAGGCAGAAUCAGUAAAUACAGAGAGGACCUGCGAGGCCGAAAGGACACCGGAACCAGAACCACGACUGAGC